UUUUUUUUUUAUCUUUUUCCCUUUCAUUAUGUCUCCAUCUUAUUUAAUGAAUGGUGAAAUACUACACGGUGUUGGUACGCAUGAUACUAAGGUUAGUUUGUCUUCUUUAUCUGCUAAUGGUGAACAUAUUCCUACUGAAGAAGAAUGCCCUAGUUUUCUGGAUUGCUUGAACUUACGUCGACAACAUCUUGAACAACCCAAAGAUAUAUUACCAUACUUAUCUUCCUUUACAAAUAUGUCUCAUUUUCUUGUCGAAUUGGAUUUAUCAAGAAACAAUCUAUCUGAUUUACCUUUGGCCAUGAACCAACUCUGUAGUCUUCGUCAAUUGAAUCUUGCUUGUAAUCUCUUCACUCAGUUACCAUACUCUGUUUUAAAUAACUUGCCGACAAUACAACAUUUGGAUAUCACUGAAAAUCAGUUGGUGGAUUUGGAUUCACUUCCUAUGGUAUUACCACACCUGCGAACAUUACGAGCGAGUGGCAACCGACUAGAAAGACUUGAUGACAAAAUAGCGAUGUGGCAAGAUAUGACUUUUUUGCAGUUAGGAUCUGAAUGCGGUGGGAAUCGGUUGGAAUCUUUACCUGAUGAUCUUAUGGGAAUGAUACAACUCAAGGAAUUGGAUGUAUCGAAUAAUCAAUUACAAUCAUGGCCUAAUCAUCUACCACUUGGUUUGAAACAUCUCAAGAUGCCAGGAAAUUACUUGAAAGAUAUACCGCAUGACCUGUUACUACAAUGUCCAGAUCUAGUGACUCUUGAUAUGGCUUCGAAUCGAUUGGCUUUCUUACCGUUUCUACAUGGCUUUUAUGGUGAUGAUCGAUCUCUUCGUGUUCUCAAUGUCAGUAACAACAACAUCUACAUUGUACCCACCUCUGUUCUGGAUAGCUGUAUUCGUGUGAUUCUGACCGGCAAUCCUGCUUUGGAAUAUCAUCGAAAAUCAACCACGAUAUAUGCUGAACGAUUACGUGAUCUCUCGAAAAUGGCAGUCUAUUCUACACCUCAUUAUGAUUUUUAUAUGGAUAUGGCUCUUAUUGAUCUGUUGAAUCAAUCUAGUCCUCGUAUCGAUCAUCAAACAACCAAUGGAUUACCUCUUUUUGUACUGAAUGAUCAACAAGAUCGAUUGCAAGAUUGGAUUGUUACAGAAAAGGGGGAAUCAUGGAUUCCUUCUUUACGGGAAUUGACGAUGCGUUACAUUAUGGACCUCCAACAUAAAGAAAACAACGAUUACAACAAUAUACCAAGCUCCAUCCUUGAUGAUUUGAAAACUGGCAAUCCUUGUGAUGUGUGUGGCAAGUCCUGCGUUAUCGAAUGGCUUUCGGCUAUCCAAGUCAGGGCGUAUCAAACUUAUACUUCCGUUGUCUGCAAGGUCUCACUCUGCUCUACUGCUUGCUGGAAGAUCCAUUAUCAAAGAACAAGAAUGCCGGCAACUGAUUCAUCAAUAUCUCAGCCUACUUCCAUGUCCACCUUAUUACCUCCAUUGAACUUGCCAUCGGAUUCUUUUGAAUGGAUUGUGGCAGCUGCAACGGCAUCCGCGAUACAAUUGGAACAAGAUCAAGCCUUAGGAUAGGAUUAAGGUAGUUAGUUAUAUUUGAUAUUAUUAUUUAUUACUAUUUAUUAUUAUAUUGUAAUUAUUAUUAUCUAUUAGUCCAUUUAUCUCUAUUGAAGCAUUUAAUACAACCCAUUAAUAAAAGAAAAAGACCAUUAAGUUUAUC